AUGUAUUAAUAUUAAGCAACAUUAGGUGACAUUACUCCAGCAGGAAAAUUUGGCAUUAAAAUCGUCGCCUAACGAAAACAAUUUAUCACAGUCAGAACUUGACGAAUUUCUUCAAGAUCUUGAUGAAGAUGUUGAAGGCAUGCAGUCCACGAUAUACUUCCUCCAACAAGAAUUACGCAAAGCACGUGAGUCGGUGACAUUACUCCAGCAGGAAAAUUUGGCAUUAAAAUCGUCGCCUAACGAAAACAAUUUAUCAAAUGGUUUGUCGCCUCACACGCCGCCGAUUAUUAAAAAAGACGAGGAGCCGGAUGAGAUACUCGACAAUGAAAUAACGACAAAGUCACAUGUCGUUGAGGCUGAACAAUACAAAGAAGCUGACGAAGACGGGGCGCGAACUCCGCCAUUGAAACCUCAGGACCGGACGAUGACGACGGCGACGACGACGACUGUGACGGCUGCGGCACAAGACAACGAUGAGAGCUCGAGUGAUUCUGCGGCAUUGAUAAUAAAAGUUGAUAAUGAGGAAUUGAGCGAUCGUGAUAAUGAUGAUGAUAAUAAUGAUAAUAAUGAGAGUAAAUGUGGCCGGACGUUGAGACGGACUAAGGGUGCUAAAAGUUGUAGUAGCGGUAGUAGUAGUAGUGGUGGUGAUAAAACAAACGGUGAUGAUUCAACCUCCUCUAGGACUACUAACACUUUGCUCCGUCUGAGAGAUAGGGGUGAUUCCAGGAUUCUCGAUAAUAGGGGAGACAGGGGGGACAGAGAGAGGACUAAACGCGAUAAAAGUGCGCAUAGUAGUGAUGAUGAACAGCAGCAGCAGUCGCAGCAGCCUCAACAUCACCAACGUGACUGUGGUAGAUUAAAAAAAAAAAGACGUCAAAGUAUUUUAUCUAUUGAUUAUAAUGACGCUGACGACGAUGCGAUUGUUUUGACAAAUGGUGAAACAUUGCAAAGCGACCCUGAAUAAUAAUUAGUCCUUUAAAUUAUAUACUUCCAAAUUAAAGGGGACCGGUAGCUUUUAAAUUACAAAUCGAACAAUCUAUUAUUUUUAUUACGUUAUUACGACGAUUGUGUUGUAACAAUUAAUUAUCGGUAUGCCUUUAACGGAUUAUGUAAUUAAACAUAUUUUUAACGAUGUUUAAUUACUAUAAAUCAUUAAUUCGAAUGUCAUCACAUGACAGGAUUUAAAUUAAUCAAAUUGAUCGUGUUGAUUUAAGAAAAUUUUUUCUUACGAAAUAAAAUAGAGACGGGCUUAAAUAAAUUUUUAAAGACUGAUCGUAUU